AUGGAACUAUCAAUAUCAAGUCUCUUUGCCAUGUACACAUCGAAUAUCCUGUGGAGUCUUUUCCUGACUUCAACAGCUGUACAUGCUCUCGCUCUUAUCACAAGUCCAAUUCAAGCUGUAUUUAAAUGGUUUCGAAGGAAAAGCAGCGAUAGUGACACCUCAUUGCCAUACAUCUGUGCUGUUACAGGAUCUUCAUUAUGGCUAAGAUAUUCGAUUUUCUUACACGAUGUCAAGCUAAUCCUGCUUCAAACUUAUGCUGUUUUCAUGCAAGCCAUCUUCCUCUUAGUACUCUUGUACUAUAGAACAAAGAAAAGAAAAUUAUCUAAAGGAGUACUCGCCACUCUCAUCGUAUUAGGUGUUUUGUUUUAUUAUAUUGAUGGUCUCAACGAAGAGGAUGGCAAAGAGUUUACCGGUCAGAUCGCCUCAGGCGCUCAGAUAGCAGGAUCUCUUGUGUGUCCAUGGCUUAUAUACAAAGCUAUUUCAUCUAGAUGCAUUGACUUCGUUCCGUUGGCUCCAGUUGCUUUCACCUGGGUAAUGGAAGCUCAUGCAAUCAUCUAUAGCAUUGGAAUCGAUGACUUCUAUAUGAUGUUGGCAAAUACCAUAUUCUUCUGUAUGGAUGGAUCAUUGUUGGCUUGUUUCUUCAUCUUCCCAACAGAGAAGCCUCUGCUUAAAACUCAAAUUCAAUAA